UUGCGGUCCCGGCAAACUCAGUUCGUUUUAUGAGCUUCGUGAGGGAACAUCGCAUUUUCACGGUCGCAAUGCAGAACGGCGAGUUUUCUGUGCAAUAGCUGCGGCACGCGUAGAGCAACAGCGGAGUGUGAGAGGGGCGUGGAUUGUAGUGAAGAUAGAAAAUCGAGCAUAGUGAAUGAAAAUAUCACAAAAAAUGUGAAAAACAUGUACAAAUAAGUAUCGUUAAUUGCCUUUUACCAAUGGCUAAAUAUACCAAAGAAUAUUAAAGAGAAAAAAGUACAAAAAUUAGCCGAAUAGUGAGCGCAGCUGAUUGCUUCGACACAAUAUUGGUGGAGGGGUGCAGUGAAGAGUGUAUAGAAUAAAGCAUAAAUUAAUAAAGCCAAUCGUGUUGAAAAUUAUAAAAAGAAGAAAAUUAAUCAAGAAAUUAGUGUAUAUAUUUAUGCUGCUAUUUACAACAACGUUGUAGGCAUUGAAAACCCGUGAAAAUAUCGAAGAAUGCUCGUAUAUAUAAAAUUUUGAAUGUGCGCAUAAUCACGGCAAUUCCUAAUAUUUGGCUGCGUGCCACUAAAAGCCAAAGCGGGCGUCUGGUGCUAAUGCCAAAGCAAACGACUGCAUAAAGGCCAACACAGAAAAACGAAUAAUUAAUCAUACAACAACAUAUAUACAUAUUUACGAAAACAUGAGAUUUCAAAAUAUUCCCCACUACUGAGAUAGAGCAAAAUGAGUCCAAAUUCUUUGACGGCAGUUCCGGUCGUUUGGCUCUUGGCUCAACAGUCGUUGUGUAUUUGCUGUUCUACAAUGAGGCAUGCGGCCCGGCAAUACUGUUUGCCAACAUUCUCGCUUUCACCUACAGUGCAAUGGCAGCAUACUGCAAGUCUCAUUUGAAGUGCCUCCAAAUACCGUACAUUCGGGCGAGCAACAAAAUCGACUACACCUGCCUGUUUCUUGCCACCUGGUUGGAUGUGCUGGCGGUUCUGUGUGCCUGCGUCGCCUUGGCGCGCACCAUGAGCACCUGCUUGGAUGCAAUGACCGGCGGAAUGGCGCACAUUCUCAUUUUAGCCGAAAAUAUUUAUUAAGUCGAAUUUAUGGCAUACUUUUAGGCCGCAACUCAUCGCCGAACGAGCCGUGGCCGGAUGUGCUGGGUGUUGCGGUGGUCAUUAUCAUUACAGUUAUGUUUAUGCUGGGACUGGAGCACUCAAAAGUCUUCCAUAUUAUCAUGUGGUGUGGCAUGAUUAUUCUGAACUUGUGUCCGCCGGUCGCGACUUGCUGGAAAGGAGACUUUGUGGAGUGGACACGCUAUUUAUUUCGACCUAAUGGAUUUCUUAGUCUUCUAACGCCGGCGGCGCUUCUUUCAUUCGUUUAUCCCAGAGAGUUGCCUCUGCCCAAUUCAUUCCUCGAGCGUUUCAAAGGAUUUGGGAAGUUCUUCAGAACCCUCUUUAUAUUGUGUUUAGCGAUAGUAUCCGUAUCGACCUUGGUGCAUUACAAACCAGUCGAAGAAUACAUUGCCAAUCCAUUUUUCACAUUUCUGGACGAUAUUACUUUAGGCAAACUGGUGCCAGCCGCUGCUUGUCUUCUAAUGUUAACCUCCUCAGCAGCAUACUUGGAGCUUUUUCCAGAACUCUACGGUUUAAUUGUGCGUUUUGCUACCUCAGAAUGGAAGGUGCUUUCAAAGCAAAUAAGCUAUGAGAGUUCAGAAAGCGGUAGCCCCGUAUUGGCUAUUUUUAUAAGUGGAAGUCUCUGUGCUAUGUUGGCCUUUGCAUGUCCAAUGCAACACCUAAUUCACACGCUGGCGGCCAGCCAUUUAGCUGCAGGCUUCUUAAGAGCUUUAUAUUUACUAUACAUACCACUCCGUCCAAAGUAUAUAGAGCGAUCUGUAGCGAUUUCGUCACUCGCAUAUAGUCGGCUCGCCACAGCAGCAGCCGCAGCAGCUUCAUACAAGCGUGCCACUUCGAAAAGCACGAGUGGGCGGAGCAUAUUGGGUGUCAAAGUGGCCAACAUGAGUGCAGCGAAAAAGCCUGCGCCGAAGAAAAAACCGAAAAAGGAGUUGGAGAAGGAAUGGCUUUUGCUGGGAGAACCCACAUCGCCGUGCCCUACGCGUCAACCGACCGACGUCGAAUCCGCAAUGCAGUCAAGCAGUAAACCGGUGCCUUUGAAUUUCGUUUACCCGGAAAUAGUAGAGAUCAGUGACUCAGAUACCUCAACCGACAUUGACGCGAUUGUCGAUGAAUAUAGACAGAAAAUAAGGAUUACUACCUCCGGCCUAAUCGAUAUUAGCACACGUGUUCCAUCGGUGUUUUCUUGGCGAUUUGCUUUGUGUAUAAUUUGUGUGGCAAUCUUUGGUACAGUUUCUUUCGCUUCCAACAGUAUGCAGCAGAAUUCACAUGGAGAGAUCAUUUUCGGCUGUGGAACAAUGCUUCUCAGCUCCAUGUUAUCGCUGUUUCCACGCCACAAGACCGGUAACAUUUGUUUGAAUCCAGUGUUUUGCUGCGGCACCCUCUUGACCAGUGGUGUACUUUUUGGCGCUUGCUCGUACUACUCUUGGCCAGCGAUCGUGUUUUGGGUGAUUGCUGGUCUUAUGUUACUGCUGCGCUGCGACAACUGGUGUUGCAGUUGCUUCGAACAUAGCGGUGGCACUAUACAGGAACAGUUAAUACCGAGCGAUGCACCGAAGACGACAACAAUACACAUACCAGGCCCACCCACAAAUCCUGUGACAAUACCGACCCUUGUGAAUGCGAGUAGGUGACAAUUAGCGUCCUCAGAUAGUGAAGAUCUCAAUGUGUGCGACUUCAAAGAGAACAGAAAUGAAGACGAUGAACUUUGUUGGAGCGAGUAAAAAAUUAAAUAAUAAAUACAACAAAAUGAAACGAUCAAACAACUGAGUACCUUUUCGUGUCACGUGCUGUACUUUGAGAGAAAUGUUGUGCCGUAGUCGUAGCCAUAGCCAUAGUCAUUGCCGCAGCUAAAGGCUCCGCAAAUGCCAUUUGCUUGCCCGAAACAAUAACCUAAAUGAGAAAUCGUAUUUUAUAAGACAUUCGCCUCAUUCGGAAUUCCGACGUAAAUGACAAAGUUUUAGACAAACAAUAUUGGCGUAUGAGUAUUUAUACUAUUAUAUAUGUAAUUAGUGCUUAAUUAUAGUAUGUACAUUAGUUAAAUAUAAAACAAAUGUUGAGUACUAAAAUGUAUAUGUUAAUACAAAAACUUAAACGAUUAAUUUCAAACAAUACUAUUUAGCAGUUAUAAGUAUCAAUUCUAGCUAAAUAUUAUUAUGAAUGUCUGUAGAAUUGGAAUAUAUUGGAUAACAAUUUUUAUAACCAGUCAUGGAAAAUCGUAUGUGCUAAAUUAAGACAAACAAAUUUAUAUAUUAUAUAUAUAUAUUUAAAUUAUAAUCAAAUAUUUCAUGACCAUACGGACGUAUCAAUUUAACAGUUUAACAGGCGAUUUUAAGAAAUGUGUUAUGUGAACGAGUCACUGUCAAAUGAAUUAUUAUUGAAAAUAUUUCAAAAUAAAUACGAUUUUGAAGAUAUCAUAAA